CUGAUGUACAUCUGAAUUCCGACACACACUCUUCUGAGACUAUCCAUCUGAGGCUGAAAAUGAGAGCGCUGAUCAUCUUCCUCCUCCUGACAACAAGCUUCUUUCAAAUCUCACAAUCUGUGCAGGUUACGGACAGUGGGUACACUUUCUCCCUGGAGGCAGUGAAGACCCUGCAAAAGCUUAUGGAGACUGACAUGAGUACAAACCCGCUACAGGCCUACGGUGACGCAGCGUCCCUUUGUGCUGACCCUGACCUGCCAGGAGAGUUAAGGGUGCUGUGCGAAAAAGAUGAUGCUGACGAAGUCUUCCAACGUCUGGUGAAAAUCAUCAGUCCUAUAGACCCCUGUGAGAUCUGCGCCAACGUGGCCUGCACUGGCUGUUAGAGCGGACACACUCCCAGCAUCCCAGAGUUCAUUUCUACAUCAAUGCCAUCAUACGUGUAUUUAUCUACAGAAGAGCUGGUGAAAUAUAACAGGGUAAAACACAUAUUACUCAUUUAAUUUUACACAACAAUGAGAAAAAUAUGAAUUUAAGUGUGUUUCAUAAAAUGUUUGGGUCACAUACAGAUCUUGUUUUAAACAGAAACAGAAGUUGGU